AUGUUCGCAGACGAUGAAGACUGCGAUUGCCCGCUUUGCAUGGAGGAGUUUGAUCUCUCUGACCGAGGGUUCAGACCGUGCCCUUGUGGUUACCAGAUUUGCCGAUUCUGCUGGCACCACAUUAAAGAGAAUCUGAAUGGACGAUGCCCCGCUUGCCGAUCAUUGUAUAGUGAGCAGACCGUUCAGUUCGUUCCAAUCAGUCAAGAUGAAAUAGCUCGCCUCAAGAAGGAAAAGAAGGUCAAAGACCGACGUCAGAAAGGAAUGGAGUUGUCAAGCAGGAAACAUCUUUCCAAUACAAGAGUUGUGCAGAAGAAUCUGAUGUAUGUUCUUGGCUUGACUGCAAAAUAUGCCAAUGAAGAGGCCGACCUGUUUCGCCAAUUUGGCAAGGUUACAAAAAUUGUAAUUAGCAAAAGACACGGCUCGCAACCGGUAUCUGAAGAUGAUGGGCAGUCAACUAUUGGUAUCUAUGUAACAUACAAUCGGAAAGAAGACGCUGCAAAAGCUAUCAACGGCUUAGACGGAAUCACGAAAGAUGGACAUGUGUUAAGAGCGUCUUACGGGACAACGAAAUACUGUACAUAUUAUUUGAGCCAUAUGCCCUGCCCAAAUUCAAGCUGUAUGUAUCUACACGAACAAGGCGAAGAAUCUGAUAGUUACAACAAGGAAAAUCUUUCGAUCAAGUAG